CGUAGUGACUCCUCUUUGCGUCCCACCCGUAUCAUGGGGGGUUGCAUCACACAGAACCUGGGGAGGCGGGUCUUCGCUGGAUCUUCCCUGAGGGUAGGAUAGAAUCCCAACGUAUCCGUGUACGUUCAGAGGUAAGCGGAAUACAGCAACAGCACAAGGGGUAGUAGUGACGGACACGAUAAGGAGACGGGUUGUUACCUCUUUACGGGAACUGAAUUUGAAGCGAGCUGAUGCUGUUGCUCGGCGCGAAGAAUUAUUCUCUUACUGCUGCGGAGAUCCAGCAAUGUCAACUCGCGAGUUCAUCUUCCGGAGGUCAAGAGGAAGAUACUCCAUCGUAACCGGCCUGUCGGGUUGAUAGGGCCGUUAGUUGGUUAGACCCCGGUCGGUCCCCAUGAACCGUCACAAUCCUCUACCCUACCCCCGCAUUGUAAUAACAAUGCGUCACCCAUAGUCGUGGCUCGAAUGCGUGUUUCUAGUCCUUGGCGGAGACACGGACAGUCUCGUAAAGGAUUGAUUACGCCAGCCCUUAGCAUGGAAUACUUGAAUAACAUCUGCGUUCCUUUUGGCUUGUUUCGCCCUUUCGAGUCCAAGGCGACCAAAAUUUCGCCCUCGAUUUCAUUUUGUCUCGGAAGAGAGGACUCGAUUCAUAGAAGCCAGCAUGGUUCGCGCAGCCAAGGCGGUGGCGGACGGCCAUGACGACGAGCGGGAGGAACUCACAUAUAGGGGAGCUCCCGAGUUCGAAUACGUCUCCUGGACCAAAGAGCCUCAUCUGCGUAAGCUCUACGCCUGGGCCUGCGUGUUGAUGAUAGCUUCAGCGACUACCGGCUAUGACGGUAUGCUAGUGAACACAUCGCAGCAGAUUGAUCGCUGGAAGCAAUACUUUCCUAGAACGCAACGCAGCGCCGACAAUCCCCAAGAGAUAGCCGACAGCUGGCUAGGGCUCCUCGUGAAUAUGUUCAACAUUGGGAGCAUUCUCAGCUUCUUCCUCACUCCGCAUGUCGCUGACAACUGGGGCCGCAAGACAUCUAUCGCGAUCGGCUGCAUCUUUAUGAUCAUAGGAGGCUGCGUAUCUGCCUUCUGUAACGACUACGAAAUGUUCAUUACUGGCCGUUUAAUUCUCGGCUUCGGUAACAGCUUAUCACAGAUGGCCUCCCCCCUCCUUCUCACCGAGAUAUGCCAUCCUCAGCAUCGUGGGCCCGUCACGGCUGUGUACAACUGCCUGUGGAAUCUUGGCGCGCUCCUAGUCGCCUGGAUAGGUUGGGGCACUGCGCAGAUCCAGAACGAUUGGAGCUGGAGAUCGAUAACAUUACUGCAGAUCUUGCCUUCGCUUAUCCAGAUCUCGUUCAUCUACUGGAUUCCGGAGUCGCCCCGGUACCUCAUAUCUAAGGAUCGCCACGAUGAGGCACUGGAUAUACUUGCCAAGUAUCACGCUGGCGGUGAUAAGAAUGAUGUGCUCGUCCAGUUCGAGUUCCGCGAGAUCAAGGAGACGAUGCGGAUGGAAAGCCAGGCUGCCCGCGCUGCUGGUUACCUUGACUUCUUGCGCACUAAGGGUAAUCUCUGGAGGUUAGCUAUCCUUGUCUCCUUGGGCGUUAUCUCCCAGUAUAGCGGCAACGCCCUCUUCUCCAAUUAUAUGGACACUGUGUAUGAGGGCGCCGGAAUCACGAUUCAGGAUCAAAAGCUUGCUUUGAGCGGUGGAAAGACAAUCGUCGAUCUAAUCGUUACGAUCCUUGCCGCCCUAAACGUCGAUAGAUUCGGCAGACGACCGCUCUUCCUCCUAUCCACUUCCGGUAUGGUUAUCUCGUUCGCAAGCUGGACAAUCUGCGGGGCUAUAUAUGAUAACUCGGGGCUGUCGAAUAUCGCUUCAGGGUACGCACAGCUAGUGUUCAUCUGGCUCUUCGGCAUAUUCUACGACAUAGGCUUCUCUGGCCUCCUUAUCGCCUACGCUCUUGAAGUCCUCCCGUUCAGGCUGCGUGCCAAGGGUAUGAUGAUCAUGAACAUCACCGUGCAGGCCAUCCUAGCGCUAAGCAACCAGACCAACAAGAUUGCCUGGAACAGCAUGCCAAAGCACUGGCACUUCAUGCUCUUUUACACCCUUUGGGACUUCUGUGAGCUGGCCUUCGUAUAUUUCUUCUACGUUGAGACGAAAGGCCCAACGCUGGAGGAAAUUGCCUGGAUAUUUGAUGGCGCGGACGCUGUCGCCAACAUUGACCUUAGGCAAGUCGAGAAAGAGAUGCACAACCUAGAUCGUGAAGAAAGCGUCACUUCAGGGGCUCGAUCGUCGGGGAGAGGGACUAUCUAGGCAGGUUUCUUUUGCUACAAUAGGUAGUUACGCCUAUGGGGUUGAAGGGGAUGUAAUGGACGACUGACGAGUUGAUGAUUACUGUCUGAUAUUUGGUAGGGCGCAUACUUAUUUCAUCCGGGUCAAGCUUCAAAGAGAUACCAAAAAGGGGGAGCGGGAGCGGGGCAAGGAGUACCUGGAGCAUUCGGAAUGUGUGAAAUCAAUCAUAUUUCUGUAUGAACCACGCACUAUCGUUACGAGUAUGGUAAUAAGUCAUUAAUAUCGGCCGCUAUUCAUAGAUAUACUCAUCGUCGUCGUCUCUCUCAUGCGUGUUGCUU